AUGCCCCUCAGCCCCCUACGGACGCCUACCAAGCCUGCUCCCGAUUGGUGCACUCUCACUUGCCCCGACCUUGACGCCGUGAUAGCGGCUGCUUUUCAAGAUCAACUGAUGUGUUCUGGCUUCGACAGCGAGCGAUCGCGCCACAUUAUUCUCUCCUGUCUCGUAUUUGAAGAUUUCUGCAUGGAGCUCUCGGCUAUUUGCCUGGAACAAAGUGCUCUUGUCUGA